GUUAAUAAUUUUUGUAGUAUGCAGUUUUAUGCUUAUAUUAUUUUACAAUACUGUAAUGUAUCUACAUGUACAAAAGAUAAGACUUGAAUAAUGUUUUAAAUAAAUAUAACCAUUAAAAUACUUUGUUCUUCUUGUAGGAGUUCACAGCAUAACUACAGUCAGUAAAGUAUCAGUGAAAGCUGGAAAAUCUAUCUCCAUCCCAUGUCUCUAUGAAUCCCAAUACAAAAACCAUGUGAAGUACUUGUGUGAAGGAUAUGAUUGGACGUUCUGCAGAUAUGCAGUAAAAACAAACGAAGCAGACCCUUCAGGAAAAUAUUCAAUCUCUGAUGACAAAAAACAGAACAUUUUUACUGUGACUAUAAACCAGCUGGCACAUAAAAACACUGAUUACUGGUGUGCACUGGAUAUUACUAACGGACAGGAUUAUGGACAGUAUUUUCAGCUGUCAGUUACCAGAGGUACCCCCAGUCUCUAUGUGGAUCAUCAGAGGAUGAAAGGAUAUAUUGGAGAAAGCAUAACCAUCAGAUGUCACCACAGUAACUCUGGAGAAAUGAAGUGGUGCAGGAUAGGCAGGAGCUGUGUGACAGGAUCAUCUGGAUCCAUAGAUGGAACAACAGUGACCGCUCAUAUGAGAGACCCAAAUGUUUUCACAGUGACCAUGAGUGGACUAAGGUCAAAGGACAGUGGCUGGUAUUGGUGUGCUAAAGGGGACAUUCAGAUACCAGUAUAUUUAACUGUUACUCAGAAACUGAUCACUACCUAUACCCCUACUAAUACUACUACUAUUCAUACUGUUGCAACAAUGGAACAAGGGAAAAAUACUACAGUAGGAGAAAAUAAACACAGAGCUUCAUUUGACCCAAGGAUCCUCAUCAUCCUUCUGAGUGUGUUGAUCUGGAUUGUAAUUGUGGUGUUGUUCAUCUGGUUUAUACUGAGACACAAGCAGAGGAAAGCAGACUCAUCAGUCACACCAGUGGCUGAAGAGGAAAUAAUACACUCUGAUGUUAGACCCAAGAAAAGAAGUUUAGCCAAGGUGGAUACGGAAGUAACAUACUCUGAAGUUAGACUCAACAAAAAAGGGAAGAGGUCAUUUGCUGAAAGUGAAAUGGAAAUCUUGUACAGUUCUGUUGCUACGAAACAACGCAUGAAAAGGGGUGACGGAAAAUACACAGGAGUUACAUUAGAGCACAUUAGCUAGAAUUUAAAUGAUUAAAUAUUCAAACAUUUGCAAUUUUAUCUAAUUUAUCUGUACCUAUGUUACUGGAGUCUUGUGGAGCAAUGUCUUAUCUGCUGCCAUCAGCUUGUUAUUUGUAAAUCUUUUCUUCUUCUUGCUAACUUUUUUCCUGCGUAGCUGUAAAAUGGCUCAAAGAAGCAUUGACCUGUUUGUUUGCUCUUUUUCAAGAUCAUUAAUAUGAUUCUUGGUUCUUGUAUUGUAAGCAUCAACAAUAAUGUUUAA